AUGGCUAAAUCCUCAAAGGUUGACAAGAAAUUGUCUAAGAAGAAAGAAGAAAAAGAAGUUAAGAAGGUUGAAGAAAGUUCUACUGAAGAAAGUAGUUCUACUGAUUCUAGCUCCGAAGAAGAAUCCAGUUCAGAUGACAGCAGUUCUAGUGACUCCAGCUCUGACGAAGAAUCUUCUAGUGAUGAAGAAGAAGAAGAAGAAGAAAAGAAAGUAAAGAAGGUUGCUAAGAAAGAAGAAAGUUCUGAUUCUUCUAGUUCCGAUUCUUCUAGUUCCGAUUCUUCUAGUUCUGAAAGUGAUUCUGACAGUGACUCAAGCUCUGACGAAGAAGAAGAAGAAAAAGAAGUCAAGAAAGAAAGCUCAUCUAGCUCUGAUAGUGAUUCUUCAAGUUCUGAUAGUGAAGAUGAUAAUGAAGAAGAAGAAGAAGAUAAAAAGAAAGAAAGCUCAUCAAGUUCUGAUUCUGACAGUGAUUCCGACAGCUCAAGCUCCAGUUCCAGCUCCAGUUCAGAAAGUGACUCUGAUUCCGACUCUGAAUCUGAAUCUGAAGAUGAAAAGGAUUCCAAGAAACGUAAGAUUGAAGAAACUGAAGAAGAAGAAGAGUCUGCUCCAGUUAAGAAAGCUAAAGCUGCUACUGAUGAAGAACCAGCCACUUUGUUUGUUGGUAGAUUAUCUUGGAAUAUUGAUGAUGAUUGGUUGAAGAGAGAAUUCGAACAUAUUGGUGGUGUUAUUGGUGCCAGAGUUAUCAUGGAAAGAGCUACUGGUAAAUCUAGAGGUUACGGUUAUGUUGAUUUUGAAGGUAAAUCAUUUGCUGAAAAGGCUCUUGCUGAAAUGCAAGGUAAAGAAAUCGAUGGUAGACCAAUCAACUUGGAUAUGUCCACUGGUAAACCACAUGCAUCUAAAUCCAACGACAGAGCUAAACAAUUUGGUGACUCUCAAUCUCCACCAAGUGACACUUUGUUUAUUGGUAACCUUUCAUUUAACGCUAACAGAGAUGGUUUGUUCAACACUUUUGGUGAAUAUGGUAAUGUUAUUUCCUGUAGAAUUCCAACCCACCCAGAUACUCAACAACCUAAAGGAUUUGGUUAUGUUCAAUUCUCAAGUGUUGAUGAAGCUAAGGCUGCUUUAGAAGCAUUAAACGGACAAUACAUUGAAGGCCGUCCAUGUAGAUUGGAUUUCUCCGCUCCAAGAGACAACAAUAACAACAACAACAACAACAAUAGAAGAGGUGGAUUUGGUGGCCGUGAAAGAUCAGCCACUCCAAGAUCAGGACCAAGCACUCCAAGACCAAACAGAAACACUGAAUUCAAAGGUACCAAAAAGACUUUUGAUUAA